UGCAUGCUCGUUCCAACCCCCCAUAUCUUCUUACAGGUCCUAACCAUUCUGUCGUACAUGUCUAUGCACAUGAUAGAAUACUAAAAAUGUUAUCAGUUGUUUGGAAUAUUCGUGAAUCAGUUCUCUUCCAUUUUUCCUACCAAUGACGCGCUGACGAUCUUACAGACUCUCUCCCAUCCUCAUUUCCCGUGUUCUCCUCAAUGUCCGGGCCGCAGCGCGGUCCACACGCGGGGAGCAGUCCCAAACGCCCUCCUUUGUCCGGUCGGAACGUGGGCUCCAUACGCAAGCGGACGUCGACAACAUGUCGUUUGAAUUGAACAUCCUUAGCAGCAUCGGUCAAGCCCAGGAGACCGAUCGCGUUCACCCGCAAGACUCUAUAGAAAAUGAUCAAGGUGUUGCCGAUCCGCGCAGUAUGGUGGGCGAUGUUUCUACUGCCGGCGAUCCUCAGCAGGAUGUGAACAAAGAAGGGGGUUUGGACAAAGUCGAGCAAGAGAUGCUGUUGGACGAGGAGGAUGACGUAUGAAGGGAGAGAUCCUAAUGGGCCUCCAAGUCGAGCUGUCAGAAUCACGGUGAUUGCGUUUCCAUUUGCUAGCUGUAAGUCGCACAUCGCUUUUCACACGCUCCGUCUCAUCCGGCUGCAUUCGCAGAUUUUCUCCGCACAGCUAAAUGUACCUGCAAUUGAGGUUUACACGUCUGCUAUGGAAUGCUCCUUGCCCUCCC